AUGCGUGUCCUUACCACCCAACUCCCCCUUCUGCUCGCCGCAUCGGCUACUAUCGUCGUCGGCGGGGCGACUACUACAGGAGCUAGCUCCGUCAGCACUGGCACUUCGACCAAAUGCGCUGCGCAAAAGGUCGUCGACAAAUGCGUCCAAGACAUGAAGUUCCAACUCGAAAACUGCGCUACAUAUGACUGGGACUGCCAAUGCACCGGUAGCACAAAUGUCGUCGACUGCUACAACAACUGCCCCGAUCUCCCAGAACGCAUCGGCGCCCAAACAAUCCGCCAGCAAAACUGCGCCAACGCCAAAGCCUACGCCCCAACAACCACAGCCACCACUGCCUACACCUCCGCGUCUGACUACGCAUCCAGCAUUCCCGUCAGCUUCUCCUCUUCCACCUCCACCUCAGCCUCCAAGCCCACCGAUACCCCCAGCGGCCUGGAGAGUAACAGCAAGAGUGGUGACGGGGACAGCGUCAGCGGCGAGCCGACCAAGUCGUUGACUGGGUUGGCGGCGACUUCGAGUCCGUCGAAGGGGGCGGCGGCCGGGGCUGUUGGGGCUGCGGGUGGGUGGGUGGCGUUUUUGGGGUUGGCGUUGGGGGUUUUGUUUUAG